AUGCAGCAAGAGGAAGUCACCGGCGAGAAAACCCAACAGCAGUUGCAAAACUUUCAAUCGGAUGACUUGCUGGAAAAACUUAAAUUACUCAAUUACGAAAAGCAUUUGUUAAAGGAAUUUAAACUUAAGCCUUUAUCGCGUUUUUACUUUGUAAAGGCCACGAAUCCCGGUGAGCAAUUCUAUAUGUUCACUUUGAUAUGUUGGUGGCUCUGCAAGAAGCUAGGCAAGGAUAUGGAGCGGCCGCAGGAGUAUGAUGAUCCCAAUACAGUGGCAGCCAAAAUAAUACAAAUGCUUGAGGAGAUUGACGUCCCUGUGGAUUUCCAACCAAAUAAGCUUAUACGCGGAGCCGGGCCCAUUUGCCUCAUGGUCCUGGAUGUCCUCUCCACCCAGGCCUGCAAGGUGGCCAAGGUCGGGUUUCAGCGGCUCCACAUUGCCCAGGAGGAGGAGUUCCUUGGGGAUUAUCUCGAGGAUAAUGCUGAGAUUAUAUUGGAAAAACUGGAGGAUGAACAGAAUGCCGCCGCCUUGAGCGAUGACAGUGAUAUGGAACUGGAGGCUCAUAAUUUCCGGCAACUCAAUUGGCUAAAUCGUCCUCAAAAGAAGUCCAUUGGCGAUGUUAAUCUGGAUGAGCGAAAUCAGGAGCUGGAUGCCCGGCUAAGUGACCAUCAGGAGUGGCAUUUGGAAUUGGAAAGAGUGCUACCACAUCUCAAGGUGUUUGUCAAGGCCGAUGCCCGUGACUGGAGGACGCACAUCACCCAAAUGGAGCCUUUAGGAGCAACAUAGCAGAGGCAUCGGAAACCACCCAAGUCAGCUAAGAAGCUGCACAGCGAGUUUACUUUUAGUUUGGAGAAAGUCGAGAGCCGGGAGAAGCAUCUGAAUAAUGAGCUACAGCCACUGAUUCAACAGUUUAAGGAACUAUCCAUCGAAUUAUCCACGAUUCAAUAUGCCCAGAAUCAAAUCCAGGCGGAUACGGAGAAGCAAACGGCGCAGCUCAGUGAGGUCAUGAUGGAGCAGGAACUGAAGAAGGAGGAAAUGGAGCGACGAGGACAAGUCAUGUCGAUGGAAGUGAGUAUGGAAGGGGGUUCAGUCCAACAGAUCAAGAAAUCGAUUGCCAAGCUAAAGGAGGACAUUGCUCAACUCAAUUUGGAGGUGGCUCUUCUGGUGCAUGCCCACGAUCAGGACAUUGUGGUGCGGCAGUUGAUCAGCGAUCAGCAAACCACCGAUGUAACAAACAAUCCAUAA